AUUUAUAUUUAAAACCAAACUUAAUUAGCUAAUUAUUUACGUACACAUAAGAUAAAUGCAAACAGUUAUAUCUGGAGGUUUUUGGCGACGUUGGAUUAUAUUGCUAUCAUUUUUAGCAACAGUUAUAUGUGUUUUGAUUUUAUUUCAGAAAACUUUGAAAGACCAAGGUUCUACACAAAGUUUUAUGGCUAAGUUUACUUGGCUUGAUUUGAGUAAUGCUACUUUUUUGAAAAAAUGCAGAAAUUCAAAACAAGGUCCUUAUCUCAUUGCUGAUGAGAAAGGACAGGUUUGCAUGAUAAAUAAUGUUCUCAAAAAUGGUUGCUGUAAUUUUCACGCAAAUUCAACAGUACGCUACAACUGUAAUUCAUGUCAUACUAAUAGAUGUUGUGAGGUUUAUGAGCAUUGUGUAUCUUGUUGUCUGCAACCAGUGCCUCGAAAGAGAAGGCUUAUAGAAAAAAUACUAGUUCAUGCACAUAUGGCACGAAAUCCAUUAUUAAGAGAAGUAAAAGAUACAUUUGAAUUAUGUUUGCAUAAAUGUCGCACAUCAUCAGCAAGUGUUUAUCAGGAAAAUAAGUACAAAGAUAGCUCAUUUAAGUAUUGUUUUGGUACUGACAGCCCAGACUUAGUGUAAAGAGAAAUUAUGGAUAACAUAUUCUAUCAAUUUAAGUUUAUGAUCGAUAAAGGUUUCUAAUUAAUGCUGAAAGUUGAAGUAUAAAGACAUGAAAAAAAAUAAUAUUUUCUACAACCAACCUUGCAGUUUGAAAAAAUAAUAAUUGAUCGAAGAUUAUCUUUACCUUGAAGAAAAUAAUUUUUGAAAACAGAAGAUUGAUUUAUCAACUUUUGUUCUAAAAUAUGAAUUUGUGUUGCAGUAAGAUGAAUCAGAAUCUCCAAAACUCGAAGCAUAUGACUUUUAGUGAAUUAUUCUAAACUUUAUAAAAACAUUUUGAAGCAAAGUUGUUCAUGUUUUUUAUGUGAAAUUUUUUAUUAACUAGAGUAAUUAAAGUAUUUUAUAAAAUAUGUAGUAUAUAGUAGAGAUAACUUU